AAAAAAAAAGAAGGAAAAUGGGAAUACUGUAAUUUUCUCCAUUGCUAACAUCUUGGACUAUUGUUGUGAAUGAUGACCCGGCUUGCCUCAGGAUUCUAGAUAAGAAGCUUUGAGUCUGCCUCUACAGAGUCACAGGAAACUCUUUGUAUUACCUGUUCAGAAUCAAAGAACUCCGUGAUUGGGGAGGAUACUAGAAUCAAGAGGAGAAAGGCACCCAAAAACCUACCUACCUCUAAAUGACUUCAGAUUACAAACUGACACUUGCCACAGACCUUGAAAAAGCACGCCUGAGAACUGCUCAAUUCUUUAUAACACAAAGGCCGUGGCUUGAUCUUUAUGGGGUCAAUGUUAGACCUGUGGCCCCCUUUGGCAGUGCAAGUAGCAAGACUUUUGUUGAUUCUGCACUUAUACACCGCUGCUUGCCUGAUGAGCUCCUUUUUGAGAUCUUUUCAAGAAUGAGCCCAUAUACCUUGGGGAAGGCUGCUUGUGUUUGUCGGAAGUGGUGGUAUACAAUUCGGAACCCCAUCUUUUGGCGCUAUGCAUGCUUGAAGGCGUGGCAGACCACUGGUGUCACAGAAAAUUAUAAGAUUCUCCAGCUGAAGUUCAAUGGCUCAUGGAGGACAAUGUGGCUUUUGAGGCCAAGGCUUCGUACUGAUGGUUUGUAUGUCAGUCGGAAUACCUACAUUCGUGCUGGAGUUGCUGAGUGGAAGGUUUCAAAUCCGGUUCACAUUGUAUGCUACUACCGGUAUUUGAGAUUUUAUCCUUCUGGAAGGUUUCUUUAUAAGAAUUCGUCACAAAAAGUGAAGGAUGUGGCAAAAUUUAUUAACUUCCGUGCUUCAAAGGCUGAUUGUGUUUUUAGUGGGAGUUAUACUCUGACAGAGGAUAAGGUAGAAGCUGCUCUCUUAUAUCCUGGUUUGCGUCCAACUGUACUGAGAAUUCGCUUGAGGUUAAGGGGGACAGUGAAGGGUGCCAAUAACCGGAUGGAUCUACUGGCACUUUUAACCAGUGGUGUGAAUGAUAAUGAGGUUAACGUCCCUGAUGAAGACAUUCUUGGAGUUGUUGAGGGUUGGCAAGAGGACGAGACACAUAACCCUGAUGUACCAGCUGUUUCACACAAAAGGGGUCUUACACCUUUUGUCUUUGUCCCGUUUGAGGAGGUCGAGACGUCAGUCCUGAAUCUGCCCGUAGAAAGAAUGGAUUACUUUGUUCCUGGUUGAGAAGUGGAAGGUUGGAGUAUGGAUUACUUUGUUGCUGGUGGAGAAGGAGAACUGUACUAGCCGGUGAAGGAUUCAUUGGCUGUGUUAUAUAUUUAAGUAUAAAUGUAUUAGUUUUUGUUGACAUAUAGAAAUAUGUAUGAAGUGAUGAAUUGUUAGGUAUGAAGUGGUAUCUUGUUUGAUGAUACAUGUGUGAAGUGUGAUGGAUUCCAUGUCAAGUAAGUUGUGCAUGGUCUAUGUUUCUGUAAAUAUAAUAAAAUUUAUUACAAUUUUAGUUUUGUUUAUUCGAAGAUUACAAAUCAAUGUAUAGUGCGUCUUUCUGAAUUUCUGGUAUGAAAAAACAGUUUCUUGACUGUA